GACAUGAAUUCUGCGAGACUGACAUUUGAGAGGAUCGCUGACAAUGUCGUUAUCUGAAGGAAAGACACAUCGCUGUAUCCAGUGCGGUAGACCAGCGCAAGAACUGUACCACGACUACCAAGCCGAUGUCAUUAAAAUUGCCCACUGUGAGCAUUGCCAAGGUGUUGUGGAUAAAUACAUAGAGUUUGAUCCUGUUGUUAUCUUGCUGGAUGCAUUCUUGCUGAAGAGGCAAGCUUUCCGACAUGUUCUUUAUAACACAGAUAUACAGUCCCACUGGAAGUUGACCCUCGUGUUCUUGUUAUGUGAUGCAUACACCAAGCUAUUCAGGAGCAAGGGAGCUGUCAGUGAAAAACUCAAGCCAGAUUAUGUCUUUUAUUCUGCUCUGGAAUGGGACUUAUAUGUGAUGUUCUUCAUAGCCACAGCUGAAAUGACCAUCUGCGUAGUAACAAUGUAUGCCUUAGUCUGCCUUGUGUCAAAGCUGUUAAAGCAUUCCACUGUAUCAUUCAGAGAAGUGCUCAGAGGAACGCUGCUGUCAAACUUUGGGAAGUUGCUGGUGGUGCCUGCCAUUUUGUGGGGACAGAGUGACAGUCUUCUCUAUCUGUGGCUGACUAAGACAUUUGUGCUGGGAGCUAAUGUCCAGGCAGUGAGAGUUGUUUGUCAGUUGGGUCCCUUCCUGUCAUUUGUUUCAGUCAGUCUUGCCCACCUCCUUCAGUUACUGGCAGCUGACUGGUUACACAGCAGAUGUAGCACGUCGGGAAUUGGCUGAUGUGUCUCCUGGCCUGAUUGACAGUUAAUGGAACAGAUAUAAACUUGCUCACUAGAGCUCUAAUAACAUGCUGACAUUUUCUCCAGAUUAACAAUUAAUAUAAAUUUAUCACAAAAAUGUUCUUCAGGUGUGAAUUUCAAAGAUGUGCAAAAACCUAAAAUGUAAAUGAACUUAUAUGGGAAAAAUGGCUUCAUCUACACAGAAAUGUCAAGGUGACAGGAAAUAAGAAUCAUACAUUGACUGUAUCGUCUGGACAGUGGACUAGCAAUGUAUUUGCUGUGGAUUUUUCUAUAACACGGUUAGACUUAUAUCAGAGAAAGAAACUAUCACAGAGUUAAAUUUCUGUCACAAAAGGGAAUAUCUUUGACAGAAACUUGUGCGAGAGGACAGAAGAAAACCUCUCAU